AUGGGUACCGAUCCAUUCGGCCGACUUCCCUGGUUUGUCCUGCGAAGGAUCCUAUCAAACCUUCCCAGUCUACCAGCGCUGCAUAGCCUCUGCAAGGCGUCACCGGAUAUUGCGGGAUUUUUACACCAGAAUAAUGAUCUUUUUGCCCUGAUCGUGGAUGCGAUUAUCGACAAUCCGGUCCGCGAAAGGGGGCUGGCGCCACAUGUUCAGGAUAUCAUACGACUCAUUAUCCUCGUCUGGACUCCAAUGCAGGAACUAGAUACGGAUAUCCUUGGCAUUUUACAUUACGUUCAAGAGCGUCGCCUUGGAUACCCUUCUAAUCUCAAGACAACAUCUCCGUCAACACCCUCGGCUAUUCUAUAUCGCUCCUUCGCCUAA